CUGAGUGUUUGGGAGCAGGGCGGCGAUCAUGACUGCCCACUUAGACUCGUAGUCCACAUCACACAGUCUCCACACCUCUCCGGACCGCGUCUCUCACGCUCCUCUCAUUAACCGCCGUGGAUCGGGGAUGGAUUCUAGGCUGCGGAUUGGACCGGGGAUCCCCACAUCGGACCCGACCGCCCGGGCACCCUGGAACAUCAGCUCCAUCAGCCCGCACCGGCUCAUGGAGCUGUCUCCGGUCGCAACAGCUGUAAGUGGUUCCCUGGUUCCAAACCACCCAUUCCCAACUGUGGACGUACCUGACCAUGCCCACUACACCAUUGGGGUCGUAAUCCUGGCUGUGGGCAUCACAGGCAUGCUGGGAAACUUCCUGGUCAUGUAUGCCUUCUGCAGGAGCAGGAGCCUGCGGACGCCAUCCAACAUUUUCAUCAUUAACCUGGCUGUCACAGACUUCCUCAUGUGUCUCAGUCAGACACCUGUCUUCUUUGUCACCAGCAUGCACAAGCGCUGGAUCUUUGGGAAAAAAGGCUGUGAGCUGUAUGCUUUCUGCGGAGCUCUCUUUGGUAUCUGCAGCAUGAUGACACUGAUGGUGAUUGCUGUGGACCGCUACAUCGUGAUCACCAGACCUCUGGCCUCACUGGGGGUGAUGUCUCGAAGGAAAGCCCUGAGCAUUGUGGCAGGGGCCUGGGUCUACUCCAUGGGCUGGAGCCUGCCCCCCUUCUUUGGCUGGAGCGCCUAUGUCCCAGAGGGUCUGAUGACGUCCUGCUCCUGGGACUACAUGACGUUCACACCUUCCGUCCGCUCCUACACCAUGCUGCUCUUUACUUUUGUCUUCUUCAUCCCUCUCUCCGUCAUCAUCUUCAGCUACUGCUGCAUCUUCAGAGCCAUCCGGCACACAACGCGAGCGAUAACAAAGAUCAACAGCGAGGGCACAAGAGACUCUGCAAAGAGAGCCCAUAAGUUGAGGAGUGAGUGGAAAAUGGCGAAGAUCGCACUCAUCGUCAUCCUGCUGUUUGUCGUCUCCUGGGCCCCGUACUCCUGUGCCGCCCUCACUGCAUUUGCGGGGUAUGCUAACCUGUUGUCACCUUAUAUGAACUCUGUCCCUGCUGUGAUCGCCAAAGCAUCUGCGAUUUACAACCCCAUCAUAUAUGCCAUAACGCAUCCUAAAUACAGGUCAGCAAUCAGCAGAUAUGUUCCUUAUCUUGGAGUGUUACUGUGCAUAAAGGGCAGAGACCGCUUCAGCAGCAGCAGCUUCCAGUCCACUCGUAGAUCAACCCUCACCAGCCAAUCAGAGAGCAAAGGCCCCAACAAGCCCCGCAACUCAUCCCUGUCUGAGAGCGAAUCAGCUCACUUCUCAGACACGGAGGACGAGUGUUCAUCUCGGACUCCCAUCAGUCGUCAGUUGUCCGCUGAUGCCAAACAGGUGCGCCAUUCCAGCCAGAGAUCAAAAGUUAGAGGUCACAACAUGGGAGAGUAUGAGAGGAGAGGCCACAACCUCAGCGACCCGGGCAUACGUCUCAUCUCACACAUCACAAUGGAUAAUGUGAUGGAGGAGUUGGGGCCAAGGACUGUGUGUAAGACAUCAUCAGUCAUUGUCGCUUCCAUAUCAAGCCCAUCUAUACUGCACAGUCCUCCUGGUUUUCAUGGCAGCCUCAAAUUGACCAAAUCUUACAGCCCCAUUACCAGGGAGCCCCUGGACAUAGCCAAGCUGGAGACAACAGUAUUACCAUGAAUGGUUGGGACAAAAGUGCAACACAAGUGUGUGAUCUCUGGAGUGUGUAUGUGUUUGAAUGUGUGGGACUUUUCUGUACCAGCAUGCAGUUUUGCUAGUUACUGGAACUCAAAACCGGAGCAUGCUUUUACAAGUUUAUUUGCACAACAGUGAGGUGAGUUUGUGAGUGUGAAUGCCCAUAUUUGUGUUUAAUUUUUCUGAUAUUUCAUAGCAGUUAGAAAUGGUUUACCUCAGAGCUGGAGGACACAAAUAAGCCUUAAGAACAAAAUGCUAAAAGUUCUAUCGCAACGGUUGGGUAUCGAUUUGAUUUUUAAUUAAUUCUUGGUUCUAUUUCAAUAAUUUAACAAUACUUCAGUAGGAAAAAAAAGGUUUUGUCAUACAUGCUAACACAGAUGCUCCUAUAUGCCUACCUGAUCUGGACAGUCAUUGGCUCUUACAGAUGUCACUCUUUUCCUUUUAACACCAAACCUCAUGCAGAAGGUGACAGUCCUGCUGAUAUUUGGACUUGCAAGGUGAGAACACCAUGGCUAUGUCUGAAAUCACAUACUAUAUCCUACAUACUAUCACAACUACAUAUCAGCAUCAAUUUUACAAUUUUUCCCCACAAAAUAUUUUGAAAAUGAAUAUUUUGCUGAAGCGUCGAUCAGCACUGUUUUGAAUGCAGGACUUUACCAUGUAACAAUGCAUCUCUACAGUGUCACUACUUCCUCUAAAGUGAAUUAAACCAGAAUCUUCCUUCUACUUAAAUCACAGCCCAGAACUCAACUUUUACGAUUAGUGUUUGGUGAUAAGACCCAUUGCUGUCAUUAAAUUCCCUAACAGCUGAUCUCUUCUAAUUAAUGUUUAACAGGAUGCUAUUAUAGCCAGUGGGUUAAAUAAGGGAAAGCUUAUGUUUUGGCCAGUGCAAAGUAUUAUUUAACCUAAAACAAACACAUUUUAAUGUGCUAAUGUUUGACUGAAUACUUUCAGCAUCUCACUGCUAUCUGUAGCUUCCGUGUUUGAGUCUGCAUGUACUUGCUGCUCCAACUAAUUUUCUGUCAGGACGAAAACACAUGCUAAAUAUUUUCUAAUAAAACCGGAUUACACUACUGGGUAAGGAUUAAGGCGAGGGUUAGGAUACCAAAAAUGUAAAAGUCAAAAACCUCACCUGCAAAACCCAUUUACAAAAUGUUUGAUAAAGCCAAGUAAACCACAUGCUUACAGGAAAAAAGCUAGUCCAUGAAAACACCCCAAUGUAGCUUAUCCUUAAGCUAAAAAAGCUAAUGAAGCUACGUUAGCUACUUCGGUAACGUAACUCACGUAGCUAUAGCUAAAGCUAAGCUUCGGUAGCUACAUCAGUUUACUAAAGCUAGUACUUUAAGUACUACUUUAGCUUUACUACUUUAGCUUAAGCUAUGUUAGCUACAUCACCCAAUAUCCCAUAAACCUACAGCAGGUGUAGCUAAGUUUGCUAAGCUCAAACUGCUAAAGCUAAUGUAGUUACACUGGCUUACGUAGUAACAUUAACUACAGAGCUUGAGUAGCUACAUUAGCUUUAAGCUAUU